AUGAUGCUAUUAUUAACCAUAAUAUUAAGCACAAUCAAUCUCGGUGGAGGAAAUCGACGCAGAAACCAUCGUAACAUCAUGUGUAAUAAUGGUAGUGCAAUCGGUGGCCGAUGUGUGUGUAUUGCUGGUUAUAGUGGUCCUUACUGCAAUCGAGUCAUGCACUGCAAGUUCAAUAAACUUCGAUCGAAUGGAAGCUGUAUCGAUUGCUCCACUGGUUGGACAGGUGUUAAUUGCGAUCAAAUUGAAUGCAUUCAUGGUGUGCCAGAUGUAAUUGGACAAAAUUGUCUAUGUAAUGUACCAUACAGCGGACAAUUCUGCAAAUUCUUGGAAACAUCUGAUGUUUACUCUUAUUACAAUCAUAAGGUUUAUAAAAUGGGACCAAUUGGUGCUAUAUCAAUAAUACCACUUAUAGUGAUUUUAUUUGGAUGUGAACGGACAGCUAAAUCUCGAAGAAUUAGGCGUGUGGAAGAGCAUCUCUCCGGACAGAAUAUAAUAGUUAAUCGUAAUAAAAUAUCAACAUUUCUUACCGCAAAGCAAAAAGUGACCAAUAAUUAG